UUCACAGCGGCCGCAGUUCUCAAAAAAAAAAGAAAACACAGCGGCGGCGGUCGGAGCCGAGCGAGAGAAUGGAACAGCGGCGCCGCCGGCGACCUCAAUCCGCCCCAUCCCCGGCAAGCGACCACGAUUCGAGCUCGUUGGCGGCGGCGCCCGGUCGGCAGGAGGGGACGAUGCGCGCACGAGGUGGUCGCCAUCUCUCGACCCCGCCUCCCUCUACACCGGGUGACCGGCCAGAAUAUAAGCAAUUGAUGGAGCGACCGAGUCCUAGUGGACAUGUUAUUGACGAGGUCACCUAUCCCACACCUAUUCCUCAACCUUCAUGGUCAUUGGAUGACCUUCCUACGAAAGUAGCUUGUACACUAGCACAGGGAUCUAAUGUAACUAGCAUGGACUUUCAUCCUUUUCAUCAUACACUACUACUAGUUGGGUCUGCCAAUGGUGAAUUUACACUCUGGGAGAUCGGUAUGCGUGAGAGGCUGGUCUCAAAACCCUUCAAAAUUUGGAAUAUGCAAGCAUGUUCAGCACAAUUUCAGUGUGUGGUGUCUAAAGACCCGUCCAUAGCCAUCAGUCGAGUUACAUGGAGCCCUGAUGGAGACUUGAUUGGAGUUGCAUUCACAAAACAUUUGAUCCACCUACAUGCAUACCAGCAUCCAAAUGAAACACGCCAAAUUGUAGAGAUUGAGGCUCAUUCUGGAGGGGUUAAUGACAUAGCUUUCUCCCAGCCAAAUAAGCAACUUUGUGUUGUCACUUGUGGAGAUGACAAGCUGAUAAGGGUCUGGGAUAUGCAUGGACAGAAAAUAUAUUCGUUUGAAGGGCAUGAGGCAUCUGUAUAUUCUAUUUGCCCUCAUCACAUGGAGUGUAUUCAGUUUAUUUUCUCAACUUCCAUUGAUGGGAAAAUUAAGGCAUGGCUUUAUGACAAUUCGGGGGCCAGGGUUGCCUCUGAUGCUCCAGGAAAAUGGUGUACUACAAUGCUCUAUAGUGCCAAUGGAACUAGGCUGUUCUCAUGCGGAACAAGCAGAGAGGGAGAGUCGCAUUUGGUUGAGUGGAACCACAAUGAUGUAUCUAUCAAGAGGACAUAUUCUGGAUUUCGCAAAAAGCCAUCUGGUGUAGUGCAGGGUGUCGUGCAGUUUGAUACAGCUCAGAAUCGUAUUUUAGCUGCCGGUGAAGAUAACCAAAUUAAGUUUUGGGAUGUUGAUAGCACCAGCAUGCUAACCUGCAUUGAAGCUGACGGAGGCUUGCCAAGCCUUCCACGGAUAAGGUUCAAUAAAGAAGGGAAUCUUCUUGCUGUUACUACAGUUGGCAAUGGCUUUAAGAUACUUGCAAAUGCCGAUGGGCUCAGAUCUUUACCGGCUUUUGGUAACCAGCCUUUCGAAGUAUUUAAAUUGCCAUAUGAAGCUUCUGCAAUGAAGGUCUCAGGUGCUCCUGUUGUCGCGGGUAUCUCUUCUAACAUUGGCCGAAUGGAUCACUUAGACAGAAACUCUCCUGUGAAGCUAUCUCCUAUAAUGAAUGGUGGUGAUCCAACAUCUAGAAGCAUGGAUAUGAAGCCAAUAAUUUCCAAAGAAAAGCUUGAUAAAGGGAAACCUUGGGAGCUGAUAGAAGGUCUAAAUGCCGAACGAUUUUGUGUAGCUACAAUGCCAGAAACUCCAUACCGAGCUAGCAAGGUUCGAUCCAUCUGUCCAGAGGAGUCAGUACCCCAUGCAUUGAACUCCAAGAAUGAUUCCUAUGUGAUGUCUGCAUGUGCUGGAAAGAUAUCCAAGGUGCUCAACGACGAUGACCUCCUCAGGGAGAUCAUCAUCCGCAUCAGCUUACCCGCCACCCUCGUCCGUGCCGCCCUUGUCUGCAAGCGUUGGUACCACCUCGCCUCUGAACCAGCCUUCCUCCGCUGGUUCCGUGAGUGCCACCCGCCCUGCCUCCUUGGCUUCUUCCUUGAGGACCAGGAGGAUAGUAACGCCGCUCCUUUCCGCUUCUUCCCGAUGCUACCUCAGCCCCCAGAGCUUGCCGCUGCCGUCCACCGCGUGGCGAGCUACAGCUUGGACUACUACAGGGGCGCACCGGCCAACUUACUCUGCUCCCGGAAAGGUAGAGUCCUCAUUAGCUUGUACAACCAGGUUGACCGCAACAAAUUUGCAAUUGGGGUUCACAGUCCGUUGUGUCAUGAGAGAGGCCAGUCUGUCAUCCCAUCAUUCCCACAUGUCCAAAUACAGGACGACUAUUCCCACAGGAUGAGUGAUCUUCUCGUGGUAGAAGAAGCUGAUGGAUUGUCCUACUUGCAUCUGUUGGUGGACUCUAACAUGCAGAGAACAAAAUCAAUGGUACACGUUCAUAUGUUGCGACAUAGUGAAGGUGUGUGGCGCACGUAUCUGACCUUGGAGACAGAUCAGCUCCUUGAUCCGCGACGAGAACCAAAAGUGCUUGCUAACAGUAAAAUCUACAUACCAAGCGCCCAGAGCGACAUUCUUGUCUUGGAUUUGACUGCCUCAAGCAUCUGUACAGUUCAGCUCCCACAAGGGGUGGAGUAUGGCGAUAAAGAUACUAUGUUGUCACUGGCUGAUGAGGCUUCGGGUGUUUAUCUCAUCCAUACCAAGAAGCUUCAGCUCCACAUCUGGCUCUACAAAGGGGACAACUGGUUAGUAGUGGACACUAUUUGUUUGCUUGAGAUGUUUGCUAAUUUGAGGAUGUCUGGUUGCAUGGUUGAGGACGAGUCUACUGCUCCUCUUCGGAUAAAUCAUGUGGGGGACUAUGCUGAGUUUGUAUUCCUGGAGAAGGGUCGAUAUGCACUCCACUUGGAUAUCAAGUACAAGCAAAUACGUAAAGUGUAUGACACGACAAAAGAAGAUCGGCGUUUUGGUACUAUCCAUCCUUUUAUGAUGAUAUGGCCUCCCUCAUUUCCUGCACUCAAGGAUGAUCAUACAAGAAAUGCCAUGUGAACAAGAAUGUGAGGAAGCUUUUGGAUGGUCAGCAACAAGGGCGCAAGUCAAAGAAGAGUAGGAACUCAUAUCCCUAUGGAUAUGGUACCAUGACUGUUUGUGACCGACUUUAUUUUGUGAAGAAAACUUUGUAUUCUAUUGUAUCAUUACUGUUUGGUAUGCGACUCACAUCUUCGUUUUGUGUGGUUGGAAGAAGAUUCGCUGUAUGUUUACUACUA